AUGGUAGAUAUUAUUGUGAAGCAUAAUAGGUUCUUUCAUUGCAGAAUUAUUGAUCCUAUUUCCAAUUCCACUUGGUUUGCUACCUUUGUUUAUGUUUACCCGGACAAAAGUUUGCAGUUUGACUUUUGGAAUGAGUUAACCUCUCUUAAACCUAGUUCUAAUGAUCCUUGGAUUAUCAUGGGGAAUUUUAAUAAUGUUACUUGUACUGAAGAAAAAUCUGGAGGCAGCAAUCCCUCCUCAACUUAUAUGCACAAUUUUAUUCAUUUUCUGAAUUCCAUUAAUGUUUGCUCCCUUCCGGCUGAAGGACUUCCUUUCACUUGGUCCAAUAAGCAUUCUGAUCAGUCUUUGAUUUUUGAGCUUUUGGAUAGAGUGGUGGCUAACCCCCACUGGCUGAAUUUAUUCCCGUUUGCUACUCUAGAAAAUCUCCUUAUUUCUGGGUCUGAUCAUGGACCUAUUGUUUUGACUAUUCUUCCUGUUAGGGUUAUUAAGACUUAUAGUCUUAAAUUUGAAGCCAUUUGGCAAUCUCACCCGGAGUUUCCUAACUUAGUAAAGAAAUUUUGGAGUCAGACUCUGGAUUCCAACCCUAUUAAGAAUUUUAAGCCUAUCUCUAAUGCUUUUUGCUUUCACCUCAGUCAUUGGAGCAAAGAACAGUUUGGGAACUUUAGGAAUAAGUACUCUACUUUGGAGAAUGAUCUAGCCUUCUAUCAGCUUCAAUUUAUGAACAAUCCCAAUUCUGAUUUUUAA